AUGUUCAGUUGGUUUUUCAAAAAAAGUACUUCUUUAGAACAACAUACUAAGUUUAUUUCUAAAACAUCUUGGAUUGGUGAACUUAAUCAACCUAUUAAUAAAGAAUUUAUCCAUCAAUUAUUUUAUGAAACAUUUGACUUUGAGAAUUAUACAAUUUGUAAAACACAUGGAUCAGUUAUUGCUGUACUUCCUUCAAAUUAUUUCUACGCACGACUUACUUUUGGAAAAACAAAAGAAAGUGAUGUUGUUAUUAUUGUAUUUAAUGAAACUGAUGAUAAUCCAAUUGUGUCACCAAUUAUUAGAGUGUUUGGAGAGUCAUUAGAGAAAUAUGGAUUAUUGAAAGGAACAGAACAAAAGAUACCAAAACAACUCAAACAACAUAAUUUCGUUGAAUUUAAUCAAUUUGCUUUUGAUACAAACGUCGAAAUUAGUGAAAGUGAACGACGUUGUUCUGCUGUUUUAAAGAAAAAUACUACUAUUAUUAAAGUUUCUGAAGUAUUAUCAAAAAUCCUUUCAAAAGAAGGAUUUACUGGAGUAAAGAGAAGUACUGGAUUACAAUUUGAAAAAGAGAAAGAGAUUAUCAUUGCACAUGUAGGUAAGAAUAACCAAAAUGACAUUAUAAUGAAUCUACAAUGGAACGAACAAGUUAAAGAAUGGAUUCAACUAGCAGAAAGUAUAGGAAAAUCAUUAGCAGAAAAAGGACAUGAUGAAGUUAUUCAAAUAAUUGAUGAAAUGAUUCAGAAGAAGGUAUUUGGUACAAGAGAAACAAAUGUAAUGAUUAAAAUACCAAUUGAUCAAGGAAUAAUCAAAGAAAUUGAUAAUAGAACAUAUCUUAUUGUUAAUAAGGUAGUGUUUAAUAAUUUUAGUGAUGAAGAAAAAAAGUUGGUAUUAUUAAAUAACCAAAUACAAGAACAGAAACAAGUUAUUAUAACACUAGUCAAUGAAUUGGUUAACAUGAUCAAAGAAGAAAACCAAAGAAAAAUUGUUAAAGUUAUAAAUCUUGAUAUAAAAGAUGAGUUAGAGCCUCAAUCCUCUUAUUUACCUGAAGUAAAAGAAGAUUACUAA